UUAUUUUGUGUUUGCUGUGCAUUUGAAGAACAAUGGAUAAUGCGAUGUCCCUGCAACUGCAGAGCCAUAGAAUCCCUUACAAAAACAACUUUUUCUUCAAAAACCUUCUCCGAAAACCCUUAACUUUAUCUCUCCCUAAUUCAACCAAACACACAACUCUUCUCGUUGAGACCUACCAUCAACACCAAGCGCUUAAAGCCUUGAUUCACAGGCUUAAUCACAUCCAUUCUUGCCCUUUGAAAAUACUUCAACAUGACGGAGAUUGGAGCAAGUCUCACUUCUGGGCUGUCAUCCGCUUCCUUCAAAUUUCCUCCAGGUCAGCUUUAAUUCCCCAGGUGUUUGAUUUGUGGGUAAAUGUGGAGAAGUCACGCAUUAAUGAAUCAAACUAUGAAAAGAUUAUUGGGUUGUUAUGUGAAGAGGGUUUGAUGGGAGAAGCUGUAAGUGCACUUGAAGAUAUGAAGCAUAAUAAUCUUAGACCUUCUUUAGAGAUUUACAAUUCCAUGAUUCAUGGUUAUUCCCGAAGCAGGAUGUUCGAAGAUGCUUUGUUUUUCCUUUAUGAGAUGAGGGGAAUUGGUUUGAAACCUAAAACUAAUACCUAUAAUGGUCUUAUACAAUCUUAUGGAAAAUAUAAAAUGUAUAGUAACAUUGAUAUGUGUUUGAAGGAGAUGAAAUUAGAUGGGUGUUUACCUGAUCAAAUUACAUAUAAUUUGCUUAUUCGAGAGUUUGCACGAGGCGGUCUGUUCAAAAGAAUGGAAGGGGCAUAUAGAAGUCUGCGUUCGAAUAGAAUGCAUUUAGAUUCAUCUACUUUUGAUGCAAUGCUUGAGGCUUACAUUAACUUUGGGAGCUUGAAGGACAUAGAGAAGGUUUAUAAAAGUUCACUGAAAUCAAAUACUUUUUUAAAGGAGGAUUUGAUUAGAAAACUGGCUGAGGUUUAUAUUAAAAACCUUAUGUUUUCAAGACUAGAUGACUUGGGGGAUGAUCUUGCUUCAAGAACUGGUAGGACUGAUCUUGUCUGGUGUUUGCGCAUCCUUUCUCAUGCUUGUCUUUUGAGUCGAAGAGGCAUGGAGCUUGUUGUGCAGGAGAUGGAAGAUGCUAAAGUUCCUUGGAAUAUAUCGAUUGCAAAUAUUAUCUUGCUUGCUUUUUUAAAAAAGAAAGAUUUUACUCACUUGAAACUCUUAUUCUUUGAACUUCCAAAUCAUGGUGUGAAACCAGAUAUAGUUACCUUUGGAAUUCUGUUUGAUGCAAGAAGCUUUGGCUUUGAUGUGACUGGGAUUUUAGUAAUGUGGAGAAGGAUAGGGCUUCUUGACGAAUCUGUAGAUGUAAACACAGACCCUUUGGUUCUUACUGCAUAUGGGAAAGGGAACUUCCUUCAAAGUCUUGAAGAUCUGUAUUUGUCCCUUGAUCCUAGGGCUAGAGAAAAGAGCUGGACGUAUCAGAAUCUAAUUGAUUUACUGGAGAAACAAAAUAGACGUCAGCUUCAAAACAAAUACUUUGAAUGAAGCUCAGAAACUGUGGCUUAGGUUCAUUAGUGAAUGAAGCUCAGAAACCGUGGCUUACAUUCAUUAGAACUGGCAUGAAUUUGUAUGUACCAAAAAUUAAGUGGUACUUUCUGGAAACAAGGCUGGACUGGUGCUGCUUCGACAGACCAAAAUGUUGUAUUGUAAUAUGUGUUAAGGUGGCACUUCCCAGAAAAUAUGAGGAUUUUACUGUGUUUAUGCUAGUGAUAUUGCUGGAAUAUUUUCUUGUUCUCAA